UUCAUGUUAACGUUUUUGUUGAAAGUUUUAAUGUAACAUCUCUUGAAUUAAUUGCCAAAACAAAAAAAACAAAGUCCGUUUUUCAAACCAAAUGGCACUCGUUUAAAUAUUUUUUCUUUUACUUGCUUAUUUCGGAGUAGAAAAGAAAAAAAGGCAGCGUUCUCUUUUACAGUUUUCGAAGUGUAUCUUUGAGACUUAAUUGCUGUUUAUGUUAGCCGCAUUACACUUGAGAUAUAAACGUUUCUUUGUUUAUGAUAUCUUUUUGUGUUAUUUUAGAUGGCUUUCACAAUGCAUUUCGAAAAUUAGUUGCAUUAACUUUUCCAGCUUUCUACAAAUUAUGCAAGAUUUCAUCUUUGUAAAUAGCCUAGCUUCCGAUCAAAUGUUGAUGAAGUGAGAUCAAGCAUAAACAAUGAAAGCCUUGGAUAUUAAGACAUAUUUAGAAGAGAAAUAUGCUUACAUUAGUGGUAUGGACAAUAUAUAUUCGGAACCAUCCAUAUAUUUUUUAUAUAUUGCAAAAAGAGAAUAUCUGGAAUGAAUUUAUUCUUUUUGUUUAGGUGGCAUAGAUAAAAAAGGUUAUCCAUUAAUUACCUUCCCUCACUCUGCUCCAAUUGAACGAUUGAAUCCUGAUGAAAUAAAAAAGAUUAUCACCUACUUAGCAUCAAUUGCAAGCUCUACAAAUAUGGAUCCAAAAUUUUCAUUUAUUGUUGAUAUGCGCGGAAGAACAUGGGAAUCUGGAAAAGCGAUAUUCAAAGCUUUACAGGACGGCUUUCCAUAUAAAAUUGAACAUAUCUACAUUAUAAAACCGGAGAAUUUUUGGGAAAAACACAAAAUAUCUGUGGGAAUGUCAAAAUAUACUCAAUUAGAACAUACUGUCGAAUCUGUCGAAAGUUUAACACGAGAUAUUGAUCGAAAUCAACUGCCAACAGACUUGAACGGAACAUUCCAGUACAAUCAUCAAAACUGGUUAGAAUUUCGACUGAAAUUGGAAGGAUUUGUUUUUUAUUCGAAAGAAACAUUGCAAAAAUAUGAGUCAAAUUAUAAUGAAUUGAAUUUAUCUGAUCAAUCGUCUAAUGUUCGAACAGCUCAAGAUGCCAUUGAAUCACAUAUGAUAAUAUAUAAAGAUAAAUUAUCACGUAUAACCAUUGAUGGAUUGAUAAAUGAGGGAAAAAAUUUAUUGAAUAUGCUUCGAAUACCAUUAUCAAACAAUGUAGAACAACAACAGCAAGACAAUAAUGCAUCAAAAUCAAAUCAACGUGCAUUUGCAUUAGAUUAUUUUGAUGAAGCAAGAAAAAUAACAAUUGUUAUGGAUAAUUUGAGAUCAGCAAAAGAUCGAUGUUACUUAUUAUGGCAUCAAAAAAAAGUACGACUAGAACAAAAUUUACAAUUGAGAUUAUUUGAACAAGAUUGCGAUAAGCUCUGCAAUUGGAUUGGCGAAAGUCGUUCAAUUAUUUUACGACGAUAUACCGAUAUUGGUAACAGUUGUUUGGAAGCAAUGCAACAUUUAGCUGAACAUGAACAAUUUACAAAAACAUGUUUGGGAAACGAAGCUGUGAUACGUCGUACACAAAAUGUUGGUGAACGAUUAAUAUCAAGUGGUCAUUAUGCGACGAAUGCGAUUAAAACACAAAUGAAUCGUCUCAAUGAAGAGUGGAAGUUUUUGACAACAUUAUUAGAUAAUCGUACAAAAAUAUUAACGGCAUCGCUACAAUUUCAUCAGAAAGCAGAUGAGUAUCUAAUUCAAGUUCCAACAUGGAAACAUUUAUGCUCUUUGACAGAUGAUAUUACAUCCAUACAAAGUAUCGAUCAGUUAGAAUGUCUGUUACAACAACAUUAUCGUUUGUCCGAUAAUAUAUCUAAAAUUUAUGCUGAUAUCUGUAGUGAUGGAAAAGCAAUAAUUGAUUCUGUAGCACCACCACAAACAUCCGAUGAUCAAUUAGAUUUUCGAUCGAGUGCUCGACAUAUAUUGGAAAUUGUUCAAGAGAUUCUUUCCAAUCAUCGAUUGCUUGAUUUUAAAUGGAAUCAGCGACGAACAUAUUUGCAACAACGUAAAAGUCUAUUGACAUUUGAAUAUGAUGUACAACAAAUUUUUGACUGGCUUGAGCGUCAUGGUGAUGUUUUUCUACAAAAAAAUGUCUCAAUUGGUCGCUCAUUACACCGUGCAAAAGCUUUAUUGAAAACGCAUAGCAAUUUUGAAACUGUAUUAGAGAAUACAAAAACAAAUGCUGAAAAAUUGAUUGCUGCCGCUGAUGAAUUGUAUCGUGAACAACAGGAACAAAAACAAACAUCCGUCUCCUCUUCAUCAUCACCAACACUAACCGAUGAUAUAUUAGAUUUAGAAUUAACACAAGCAAAAAAUAAAAUAUACCAAUUGGCACAUGAUUUAGAUAAACGUAUGCAAGAAUUCGAUGGAAAAGUUCAAAAACGUCGACAAAUAUUAGAUAUUAAUUUUUUAUUUCAUGAACAUAUUAAACAGCUAACAACAUGGCUUGAAGAAAUUCAACCAAUAUGGGCUAAUAAUGAUCUUUUAGUAACGAACGGAUUAAGUAUUGAUGAAAUUGAACAGAUGUUAGAUAAAUUAAUUGAACAACAUGAUGCAACAAUAGAUGCUUGUACAACAACGGAACAAGAAGGACAGGCAUUACUCGAUUAUAUAACAGAAAUAAGCACCAUGAGUUUAACAACUACGCAUCAACCAUGUUUUAACCAUUUAACCGAAUUGAUUAAUUCGAUACGUUCAAAAACAAGUGAACUUGAAACACUAUGGGAAAUGCGAAAAUUACGUUUAGAAUUUUACUUACAAAUGGAAAAUUUUCAUACAUCAUCAAAUGAGGUUUCUCAAUUAUUAGAAAUAUGGUCAGAAGAAUUAUUGAAAAUGAAUAAUGGAAGUGCUCAUAUUGGUAUACCUGUUUCUUUACAAAAUCUAAUUAACACCACUAAUUCUAAUACUAAUACUAAUAAUCAUAUGUCUGUGUUAAAUAAAUCAACAAAAAUGGACAAUUGGUCACAAGUACAAGAACAUAUUCAUACGCGUGUUGCAGAAGUUGUACAACGUGGAAAAGAUUUAUUAAAUUUGAUGGAAGCAUCAGAACUAAAAUUAAAAUUCGAUGAUAUCUCGAAUAAUAAUAAUGGAGAUAAUAAUACGAAUAAUAAAACACUAUCGUCACAAGACCAAAUUCGUACACUAAUAAAUUACGUGAAUGAAAGAGAAAAAAAAUUACAAGAAAUGGCUACACAACAGCAAAAACAAUCUGCAUGGCGUACACAAAUGGUUAAACUAGAAAAAGAAGCAAAUGAGAUAUCAAUUUUAGUCAAUAGUUUUGAAGUAAAAUUAUCUGCAAAUUUAUUUUUUGCCUCAUGUUUAGCUGAAGCAGAAAAAUUUAAUAAAGAUCGUGAAGAAAUUCAACGAUAUUUUGAUAAAAUAUUGGACAGAAUCGAUACUAUACAUCAUAAAACAGAAAAAUUAUUAUCAUCUUCAACCGUUAUAUUAGCCGAAAAUUCCAAUGAUUUAGAUUCAAAAUCAUCAUCAUCAUCGUUACUCACAUCGCCCAUUGUAUUUUCACAACAUACCGAACAACAACGACAAUUGUCUUUAGUAAAACUAGAAGAACUUAUUCAACGAUUAAUAUCACAACGACAAACAAUUAUUCUUCAUCGGGAUGAUCGAUUUCGUUUGUUAACUGUACAAAUUAGUUUUUAUAAAUCAGCUGAACAGGUUUCAUCGACAUUGGAUACUUUAGAUCGAGAUUAUCGUGUUGAUGAAGAUUUACAUGAAAAAUUUAAAACUGUUAAUGAUAAUGAUGUUUUAACAUUAUUGGCAACACGUUCACAAAAAUUAUUAGAUCAAAAACAUGCAUUUUUAAGAGCUUGUACAUUAGCUCGUCGAUCAUCUGAACAAUUUCAUAAAUGUGCACAUCGAAAUGCAGCUAAUGCUGGUAAAUCAGAAAAUUAUUUAAAACCAAUUGAUACAAAAAUAAAAAAUGUGGUUAGUAUACUAACAGCUAAAGAGAAUAAUGUUUUAAUUGCUUGGCAUUCACGAAAAAAAUUACUGGAUGAAUACAUGCAAUAUAUAUCAUUUAAACGAAAUGCAAAUAAAGUCCUAUCGUGGAUUCAUGAAUGUGGUGAAAGUUAUUUAGAAAAACAUAAAGAACUUAGCGAUGGACGAGAAAAAACAGAAGCCCACUCGAAAGAACAUGCUGAGUUUGUCAGAGCUCUUAAAGAAAAGAAAGCAUAUGUUCGAAAAUCAGUUGAUGCUGCUGAUACACUAGUAGAAAAAGGUCAUUCAUACGCUGGACUUAUUAAAGAUAUGUGUAAUCAACUUGAUUAUGGUUUUAACGAUUUUUUUCGUAAAAUUGAACAAAUUGGAAAAGAAGAACUUGAUAAAGAUUCACGAAAAAGUGAUUCAAGUUUAGAAGAAAAAUUGGAAAAUCAAGAAUUAACAGAAGGAAAGAAAAAAUCAGCAAAACAACGAGAAUUAAUAUUCAAUGAAUUAUUGACAACAGAACGUGCCUAUGUUGAGAGUUUAAACAAAUGUAUUGAGUACUAUCUCAGUGAAAUGCGUCGUCAUCCCGAUGAUGUUCCAGAGUUUUUACAAAAUAAAGAAUCCGUGUUAUUUUUAAAUAUUGAAGAAAUUUAUAAUUUUCAUAAAAAUUUGUUUCUAAAGGAUCUCGAACGUUAUGGCGAUAGUCCAGAAGACGUAGGUCAUUGUUUUGUUACAUGGGCUGAACAAUUUCAAAUAUUUUAUGUAGAAUAUUGUAAAAAUAAUGAAUCUUGCAUAAAAUUAUUGAGUCAGUAUCGUGGCCCUUAUUUUGAGAAUAUUCAACAUAAAUAUCAUACUGAUACGAUUAAUUCUUAUUUAAUUAAACCUGUUCAACGUAUCACAAAGUAUGAAAUGUUAUUGCAACGUUUAAUGGCUUGUUGUGAAGAAUCAAAAGGUGAAAUCAAAGAAGGAUUUGAUCUCAUGUGCAGUGUACCAAAAAAAGCUAAUGAUGCUAUGCAUCUGGGGUAUUUAGAAGAAUUGGAGCCUGGUCUUACUAAAGAGGCACUUGGUGAUGUUUUAUUACAAAAUACAUUUCAAAUAUGGGAUUCAAAACAAUUGAUAAAGAAAGGCAAAGAGCGUCAUGUAUUUUUAUUUGAAACAAGUGUUGUUAUUGCUAAAAUACCAAAAUUACUAGCUCGUGGUGCUAUACGUUACAUUUAUAAAUAUAAAUUAAUGACGGCUGAAAUAUGUGAUGUGAAAGAGCAUCUUGAAGCUGGUGAACCUUGUAAAUUUGCGUUAUUUACCGGACGUUCAUCAACUCAUGAUUUACGUGUUACACUUAAAGCAGCCGAUAUAAAUACGAAACAGCAAUGGAUUAUGCGUAUUCGUGAAUUAAUACAAGAAAAUGCACUUUAUCAUGAUAUAUCUGUUCAUGAAGCAAACGUUAAACAACAAAAAAUAAGUGUAAACACAAACAUUAACAAUAAUGAUCGUCGUUCACAAGAAUAUGAUAAUACACUUGAUGAAUGUGAGAAUAUAAGUCGUGGUGGAUCAGUCUCAAGUAUGACAACAGGAUCAUUUUCAAGUAGUGGCCAACAGCUAAAUACUGUGGAUAAAACAGAAUAG